UGUUAUAUCAGAGAGACUUCAUCAGACAUCACCAUGCCGAUCCUCAAGCAGCUAACCUCGAACCAGUCCAAGCGUCGCUCCCGGGCCGACCUGACUGCAGAGAUGAUCAGCGCCCCUCUCGGGGACUUCAGACACACCAUGCAUGUGGGUCGUGGCGGGGAUGCCUUCGGGGACACCUCGUUCCUCAGUACCCGGUCUGGGGAGCCCCCUAAAGAACCAGCUCCAGAGGUGCAGCAGAGCUCCCCUGGACCUGUCCCAAAACCAGGUCUGCUGUCCCGAACCUUCAGGAGCAGCAAGCGCUCCCAGUCGGUGAACCGCGGCGACAACUACGAGAACGCGUUGGCACCCCCUGGUGGCUCGCCAAACGUUGUGAAGAGUGCCAUCUCCCUUCCCUACCUCAACAACGAGGAUGCGGGCAGGAUGGGCGGUGGUCACCGGAUGCCCAAGAGCGUCUCCUCCAGCCCUCUGAAGAAGCUGCCCGAGGUCGACGGAAUCAGCAAACCGGUCAACGGCGCCGCAGGCCAUGGACCUGGAAUUCGACGAGCGGAGCUUUGGCGAACUGACUGACCUGCCACCGUCCCAUCCUCGGGGUGGUGGGAUGAAGCACGCGGAGUCCAUCAUGUCGUUCCACAUCGACCUGGGUCCCUCCAUGCUGGGGGACAUCCUCAGCGUCAUGGAGAAGAAGGGCUGGGAGGAGGACGACCUGGGGUACGAGGAGGGGAAGGGCAGCGAGGGCCGUUGGGUCACCCCCCAUCAGUCCUCCCACUACGGAGGACGAUGUCAAGGACCAGGUGGAUCUACAGCCGCCAGUCAGGCCCCCACGCAGCAUCUAUCCCCAGCAGAAAAUAAUGUCCGACCCCCCCUACACCCCUCCCAGGAACUACCACCCCCACAGCCACCUGGACAGCUGCUCUUUUUCUUCCUCCGGCUCCGCCACACUUGAGGAGAAACCACUCAACCACCUGCAGGAGGGGGACACGGACAGCGCCAAGUACAGCUCUCCGGGGGGUGGGGGGGAGGACGACAAAGACUUCUCCUUCAUGGACGAGGACGAAGAUGAAAUCAGGGUGUAA